AUGAAAUUUGGAAAAUAUCUUGCUUCAAGACAAUUGGAGCUUCCUGAAUAUUCGGGCCAUUUCAUAGAUUAUAAAUCAUUGAAAAAACUUAUUAAACAAUUGGCAAUCCCUUCUACAACUGCCACAACCACCACCUCAAUAGAUGGAGAAGUAACAAUUUCAAAUAUUCAACAUACCCUUAAAGAGAACAAGGCAUCAUUCUUUUUCCGAGUUGAACGUGAAUUGGAAAAAGUCAAUUCUUUUUAUCUUGAAAAGCAAGCCAAUUUAGCAAUUAACUUGAAUUUAUUACUUAUGAAACGUGAUGAAUUAUUCAACAAAUCAAAUCAAUAUUUGAAAAGACAUGGAUCAGCAGGGGAUGAUAGUUCUUUAUCAAAUGCCGAUAUAAAUUUUCGUAAUUCUAUUUCAUUUUUGAAUUUAUAUCAAAAUUUCAAAAAAAUUCAUCAAGAUCUACUUCGAUUACAACAAUUUAUUGAAUUAAAUGAGAUCGGUUUUUCUAAAGUGGUGAAAAAAUGGGACAAACGUUCAAAGUCUCAUACUAAAGAAUUGUUCAUUUCUACAGCAGUAAGUGUUCAACCAGUGUUUCAUAAAAAUGAAAUUAAUGAAUUAAGUGAUUUAGUUACACAAUCAUUAUUUGAUAUUGAAAGUAUUAUGGAUGGUGAUUAUUCCAGUUUACUGAAUUAUAAUGCUUCAAAUUCUGGUGUGGUAUCCACUACAGCCACCACAGGAACAGGCAAUAGUUCAACACCUCCAGCACCUAAUUUUAAUAUUCCAAGUGUGCCAGGUAUUGGUGAAGAUCAAGCUGAAGAAAUUUUCACUAGACAUUCUUCUAUUGUUAGUAAUCAACCCAACAAUAAUGAAAUUGAUGAAUUAUACACCAGUUUUGUUAAUGUUGCAACUAUUAAAGAACCUGAUUUAUCGUUAUUGGCUAGGUGGGUGGAGAAAAUUAAUAAUGGUGGCAGUAAAUUACCAGAACAGCCUUUCACCCCUGUUGUGAAAUAUAAGAUAUCAAAAAUUUUCUUAUUAUCUAUAACCAAUUUGAAAAUUUCAGAUUCAUUUCUUGAAUUGUUUUUACAAUUUAUUAAUUACGACGUUGAUUUUACUUUUAUUAAUGACGAUUUCAAUAAUAAUAAAACAAUAUUACAUCAAUGUUGUUCUAUACCAACGGCUUCAUCACAGCUGGACCCCAACAACAACAACAACUCUAACAACCAUCAUCCACAUCAUGUCACAAUUAACAAUGGUGUUAAAGUUAUUAAUUCAACUGAUUUAAUAAAUCAUUCUCGUACAUUUAUUGUUAAAUAUAUUGUUGAAAAGUUGCAGUUCCCCUCUGUGGAAGAGAAAACUAAAUUAUUGGUUCAUAAGGAUUUCAAUGGGAAAACUUGUUUACAUUAUGCAGCACAAAUGAAUCGACCUGAUUUGUUGGAUUUAUUAUUGUUGUCAUACCCACAAUCACAUAUUGAUGAAUUAGAUAAUGAUUCUAUGUCACCGUUACUUUUAGCCAUUAAACACGGACAUUUAAACAUCACCAAGAAAUUAGUUCGAUUUGGUUCCAAUCCUUUCCCUACAGCUAGUAAAGAUACUUUACAGUACUUACCAAUUAAUUAUGCUUGUAAAUUUGGUGAUUAUAAAACUUUAGAAUAUUUAUUAUCCAAUGCAAAAUCUCAAGAAUUAAUCGCAAAAUUAAUUAAUCAACAAGAUGUCGAAGGUUUGUUGCCCUUACAUGUUGCAUCAAGACAAGGUCAUUAUAAAUUGAUAAAAUUAUUAAUUCAAUAUGGUGCACAAAUUAAUAAAUUGGACGGAUUUAAUAAAUGGACUCCCAUAUUUUAUGCUGCCGCUGAAGGGCAUGUGAAAACUACUCAAGAAUUGAUUAAAUUUGGAGCCAAGUUAAAUAUUAUUGAUGAAGAUGGCUAUAAUGUAUUAUAUUAUUGUGUUGUUGAAGGUCAUAUUGAUGUGAUUAAUGAGUUGUUGAGUUAUUAUCAAAAAGCAUUUUCUUCAUCUAAGUUGACAUCAGAUUCAGCCAAUUCAACAAACUCUACAAAUUCAACGUCUAUGUCGAUUUUAGGUAACGAUAAGGAUAUGGAUUCUGGAGAAGAGGAAGAGGAAGGGGUUCUGGCUAUAACAACAACAACAACGCCAACAACUGCAACUGCAACAGCAGAUGUUGAUGUAUCAUCUUUGAAUGAAAACUCUAGCAAUAACAACAAUGUUGAUAGCAUACCUGAUUUACAAUUACCGCCACCAAUUUUACCAUUACGAAGAUAUGGUCAUAAUUUUUUGGAACAAAAAGUUUUAAUUGAAUUAAUUUUCCCUUCGGAUCAGGUGUUUAUUAACUUGUUUAACUCAACUGCUGAUUUGAAACCUGGAAGAAUAACCAUUACUUCAAAUAUAUCAGAUAUUGUUCCUAGAAAUAUUCUAUUGCCAAUAAAAGAAGAUAGCUACAAUAACAAUAGCAAUAGUAAUAAUAACUGUGUUUUCCAAACUGAUGUUGAUUCAUUAUGUGAAUUUCGAAUUGAUUUUGAAAUUUUCCCUAAAUUUGGUACGCGAUUAAUUGCUAAAACUACAGCAUUAUCAUUUGAACAUAUCACUGGAAAUUCACCAGAAAUUAAUACUGUCCUGCUUCCAUUGUUUGACUUAAGGUUGAAAAAUAUUGGUGAAUUAAAAUUUAGCUAUCAAGUGAUUUUCCCUUAUUCAGGGACAUUAUUAGAAACUUCUAAGUUUGAUACUUAUUGGAAAAGUUCUACUAGUUUUGUUAAAAAUAGACAAACUUUGAAAUUAAAUGCAGCUGGUGGAUUAUCACCAAAUAACUUUUUAUCGCCAGGAUCAGUGUCAACCAUGCCAAUCCCCAACAAUGUCAAUACUAUUAACAACACUAUCAACAACAACAACAAUAUUAAUAGUAGUAAUGGUAAUGGGCCUGCUGGUGGUGCUGGAACGAACUCCACUUUAAUACCAUCAACACAAUCUAUCGUUACUGCAACUUCAUUAUCAGGAGAAUAUCUUCGAAUUAAAGUUUGUUUAUUGAGUGAUGGAACACCUAUUGUUUGUCCUAAUUGGUCAAUCUCCAUUACUGAUAAUAUUGAUUUGUAUUUGCCCAACUUAACUUUAAAACAAUUGAAUUCCAUUACUAAUGAUCUAUUUGAUUAUCCAAGAAUUAUUCAUGAUUUAUCUCGGUUAACUAAUAAAGAUAUACCAUUAAUUAAGAAGUUAUUACAAAUUAUUUAUUUACCAUUGGAUUUGGUAUUGGAUAUUUUAAAUAUUGAUAUUAAUUUGAAUUUGGAAAUUGUUUUCCCAUCAAUUUAUGAAUUAGAAACAUUACCAUUUAUUAAUAAUAUUCUGAACAACUUGAAUCAAUUUAUUGAUAAUAUUUUAAGUAAUGUUUUCAAUCAUAUUAGAUCCAAUAAAAAACGUCAACGAGAAACCCUCCCUACUGGCAACACCCCUCCUAAUAAUAACAACAAUUAUAGGUCAAUUAUUUUUCUUUCUUCAAAUUCAUUGAUUUGUAAAAUUUUAAAUUGGAAACAACCCAAUUUCCCAGUAUUUUUAAUCAUGAGUGGUAUUGCCUUUAAUACUAAAUUGAAUAAAUUUGUUAAGAGAUCAACUAAUGGAUUAGAGAUUGCUCCACAUGUUUCCCAACCACAUUCUCAAGAUAAUCUUUUACAUUCGCAUUCUACUUCAUCGUCCCCUUCUUCUGCUUCAUUGGAAUUGGAUGAUUUAACCACUAGAUCUAUUAAGGAAGCAGUUAAUUUUACUAUCAACAAUAAUUUAAUUGGAUUAAUUACAUCAAUUCAUUUAUUAGAUUUAGUUCCCAAAUUGAUCCCAUUGAUUAGAUCUACAGGAUUAAUAUUAGUAGCAUCAAGUGAUGUAAUUAAUGAAGAUAAAGAUAAACAAGAUGACGCAAUCUUACGCAAAGAAUUGGAUUGUUAUACCAAAACAGAAAUCAAUGGGUUGAGAUUUGAUGAUGUAUUAAGUUUUAAAGAAGACAUAAGUAUGUAA